AUGCUUCAAGGCCAGCUAGCCCCAGCUGUGCGUGAGGUGCGCUGCAAUGUUGAGCGGCUGUGCUUGCGGAUAUUGCGCUACCCAUCUGUCAGUCCAAUUACGCUAGCCUCGGACACAAGGCACUCAACGCUGGGGCACGGCGAGAAGACCGGCGAAACCAUGGAUGCCCGUCUGAUCGGCUUCCAGCCCAGCACAGUCUAG